AUCCCAUCCAAUCUCAUUAGUAUGCCAAUGCUGGAGUUUUAGCAGCGAUCCUGUGGCUCUCUCUUUGGAGGUCACCGCCAUCCCUGCAAUGGCCUUACAGCGCCGCCGCCUCCUCGUCCGCUCUCUGCUUCCCGUUAUUUCCGCAAUCUCCGGUGCUGUUCUCUUCCUCUUCGCUCUCCUUUCCUUUCUCGUUCCUACGCCCAUGGAUUCGGAUCAGUUCCACCUGAGAACUUCACCAGAUACAUUCUUUUGUGUGCCAGGGUCAAAGAGCAUGAAAUAUGAAAGAUGAUAAGAUGCAAGCAUGCAUUGGAUGGCACAUUCAUGACUGGUGAUACGAUUAUCCAAGACAAUAUUGUGCCUUUAUAUUAAAUUCUCUCCAGACAAGAAUGACCUGCAAGACAAAUUGGGAACGGGAUAAUGAAAUGUGUAUUCAAUGGGGUCCUUCAGCAGCAUGACACCGUAUGCUUGAGCAUAUACAAGCGUUCAUAUCCCAAGUGGCCAGAACAUCGGUUCCCGCUUGAUGCUUUAUCAGGCAGGGGCUAGUCCUCAUCGAGACAAAAGACAUGCUUGUUUAUGAUGGGAAUGCGCUGGUUCAGAUUUGUCUAUUCAACUUCCAUUGGUUGUUGUUGUUGAUAGAUUACAUGCAAUUCAGUGAAGUAAGCCUUUUUGCUUUCCAUUAUCUUUGUUUUCUUAUUUAUGAAGGAUAUAUAUGGAUGAGGAAUAUGCAGCAAUGCAGCGCUCCUGUCGUUAAGAAUCUAGUGGGAAGAAACAGAAAAAGAAAAGCCUGAUUUUUGUAUUUUGAUAUCAGUUUUUCUUUUUCUAGUGCGAAUACAAAGAGAGAAAAAGAAGGAAAAGUCCUUACUUGUUCUUUGAUAUAUUUUUUCCGAGAUAAGACAUUUACAUAAAUUUUCGUUAUAAUU